GCAGAUAAGCGGAAUCGCAGCGCCACUGGCUUGACAGCUACCGGGCAUUCGAAGCCCUUCGAGAGUCUCGAGACAUGGCCCCGUCCGCACACUCCGUCGCCGCGCUGGCCCUGCUGGCCCUCGCCCUGCUGGUCGGGCUGGCCGAAAAAUCACAAGCCGUUCCCGAAGACAGCAGCAUCGCCUACCCCGGGCAGUUCCCCUGGCACGCCGCCGUCUUCCAGGCCAGCCCCUCCACACUGCUGGGGUCCGGCAUCCUCGUGGGCUCCCAGUACGUCCUCACGGCGGCCAGCACCGUGACGGACAAGAGCGCCGCCGACGUGAGGGUGCUCCUGGGGGAGUUGACGACGGCCAAGGGCGGCAACGUGGCCGUCUCCGCCAUCAAGCCGCACGAGUCCUGGUCGGCGGACAGCGACGAGAACGACAUCGCCCUCCUGGUCUUGGCUGGGCCCGUCCUCGCCUCCGUCACCCCCGUGCGCCUCCCCGCGCGCUACUACCAGGGCGCGACCUACGUGGACCAGACGCUGUCCGUGACUGGCUGGGGCACUGACGACGCCGGCAACACCGAGACGUACCUGAGCGUGUCCAACCUGAACGUCAUCAGGAACAGAGAGUGCCAGACCCUGCAGAACCAGAACGCGCGCCUCCCGUGGACCAAGAUGUGCGCCGUGGGCACAGGCCCCACGCCCUGCAAGGGCGACAGCGGCGACCCCGUCGUGUUCCUGGAGAACGACAGCAAGUACACCCUGGUGGGCAUCCUCACCAAGGACACGCAGUGCUCCACCAAGCGGCCCAGCACCAUCACCAGGAUCACCGAGUUCCUCGACUGGAUCAGCACGGCCAGCGACGGCCACAUCGUCAUCCAGAACUAAAGUCUGCCGCCUGCCGCCUUCAGCGAAACUCAACUAGCCCUUUUUUUUCACAGUAAAAUUAAACUUUUGAGCUUUUUCUUCUCUCCA